GUGAUGCACGCGUCCUAGCCGGGCCGGAAGCGGCGCCCUGUCGGACCCGUAGGGAGAGUGACAGAUUCUGGAGACAGCCAGCGUCUCCCUUCUCGAUUUUUUCUCGGUCCUUGACAGUUGAUUCCUAGACUGAAAUGCAUGGUCAUGGAGGAUAUGACUCUGAUUUUAGUGAUGAGGAACAGUGUGGAGAAUCCAGCAAAAGGAAAAAAAGGAAAGUUGAAGAUGACUUACUGCUCAAAAAGCCUUUUCAGAAAGAAAAACAUGGAAAAGUGGCACAUAAACAAGUUGCAGCUGAACUGCUGGAUAGGGAAGAAGCAAGAAGUAGAAGGUUUCAUCUCAUAGCUAUGGACGCUUAUCAAAGGCAUACAAAGUUUGUAAAUGAUUAUAUUUUGUACUAUGGUGGCAAAAAGGAGGACUUCAGGCGUUUGGGGGAAAAUGACAAAACAGACUUGGAUAUCAUACGAGAAAAUCAUAGAUUCCUAUGGAAUGAGGAGGAUGAAAUGGACAUGACUUGGGAGAAGAGGCUUGCAAAGAAAUACUAUGAUAAAUUAUUCAAGGAAUACUGCAUAGGAGAUCUCAGUAGAUACAAGGAAAAUAAGUUUGGAUUUAGAUGGAGAGUAGAAAAAGAAGUCAUUUCAGGAAAAGGUCAGUUUUUCUGUGGAAAUAAAUGUUGUGAUGUAAAAGAAGGCUUAAAGAGUUGGGAAGUUAAUUUUGGUUAUAUUGAGCAUGGUGAAAAGAGAAAUGCACUUGUUAAAUUAAGUAAGUUGAUGUUAGGGUUAUGCCAAGAAUGUUCCUGUAAAUUAAAUUUUCACCACAGGAAAAAAGAAGUCAAGUUAAAAAACAGAAAGGGUAAAACCAAAAAAGAUUGUGAAGAGUCAUCCCAUAAAACAUCCAGAUUAUCUCCUGAUGAAGAACCCUCCAAAAACAAGGACAGAGGACAUUCAUCCUCCAAGGAGUCAGGAGAUUCUGUAAAUAGAAACUCUGAUGAAGAAGAAGGUGCUUCAGAAUCUGAACUUUGGAAGGGCCCACUCCCAGAGACAGAUGAAAAAUCACAGGAAGAAGAAUUUGAUGAGUAUUUUCAAGAUUUGUUUUUGUGAGACAAAAAAGAGAAGCCUUCAUUCCUUAAUGUUCAAACUCUUUACCAAGUUUUAUCUACAAGUCCCAGGUUGAAUGGUUUAUCUUUGUAAAUAACCAUCCAGCUACUCUAAGGAUGUCAGAUGCUUGGGAAGCGCGUUAGUUCUGUCAGAGACAGAUUAUGGCAUAGUGUCCUGGCCUCACAUCCGUGAAGCAGCUUCAGAGCACCAAGUCACUUAAAAAACCAACACAUAAUUUUCAAAGUACCGUUUUCUUCAGUAACAGAAUGUUGCCAAAUAUUGUUAAGAAAUAUAGGAUGUAUCUUUAAA